CUGAAUCUUGCAACAAAUCUCUUAAGUGUGAAACCAUGGAUGGAGGUGCUGCUGCCAUCGAAGUUCUUCUCCAAAACCUGAUCAAUGUUUUGAAGGAAGAGUAUUUUCUACUCCACGGUCUCGACGAAGAUGCCCAGCAGCUUCAGACGACUUUGGGCAUGAUUCAAGCCUAUUUGAAUGAUGCAGAGAAGAAAUUCAUCACCCAAGAUGCUGUCAAAUUCUGGUUGAGGAAGCUUGAAGCUCUAGCUUUCGAUGCUGAUAAUGUCUUGGACGAACUCAGCUAUACUCUUCUCCAAAAACAAGUUAAGAAAAUGAAGACACCCACAGCCAAGGAUAAGGCACUAUCAUGCUUCUCAUUGUGCAAAAGCAUUGCGCGUCGGCAUAAUAUGGCUCACACUAUCAAAAAAAUCAAUGCGGAGUUUGAGUCUAUGAACAAAAAGGCAACAGAUCUUGGCCUUCAAAGCGCACUUCAGAAUGCACCUGCUGCUGCUGCUGAAACUUCCAAUGAGACAGAUUCGAUCAGUCGUGAUCCGAUCUUUAUUGGAAGAGAUGAUGACGUGCCUAAACUAGUUCACAUGCUGACACAUAUCCCUGAUGAUCGGCCCUUCUCCAUCGCUGCUCUUGUCGGAAUGGGGGGUAUGGGGAAGACUACGUUGACCAAGAAAGUCUUCAAUCAUGAAAGCAUAAAGGCUCGAUUCGGAUCACUUAUUUGGGUUCAUGUUUCUCAAACUUUUGAUCCAAUUAGUCUCUUCAACAAGAUCUAUUCAACGUUGACUUCAAAAACUUGUGAUAGAGGUGAUAUCAAGGAAGUUAUCCUGAAAAAUCUUCAAGAAGCUCUCAAUGCUAAAACUUAUCUUCUUGUUCUUGAUGAUAUGUGGAACGAAGAUGUUUUGAAAUGGAAAGACUUUAAGAAUUCCAUAGAGGGAGUUACCUCUUCCAAGGGAAAUGGCAUUAUCAUCACUACCAGGAAGGAAAAUGUUGCUUCAAUUGCUGAGCCAUUUCAUGUUCAUCCUUUAAAAGGCUUAUCAGAUAAUGAUUGUUGGUCCAUUAUCAAAGCAAAUGCUUGUGAUGGAAAUGGAGAAGUUUUAUCACAAUUUGAGAAUAUUGGAAGAGAGAUUGCAACAAGAUGUCAUGGUUUGCCCUUAGCUGCCAAUGUAGUUGGGGGUGUGCUUCGCCGCUGCAAGUCCGAACAAGAGUGGCGUUCCAUCAAAGAAAAUUGGCUCUCGGAUGAUGAAGGAGAAAACAUCUUAAAUAUAUUGAAACUGAGUUAUAAUCAUUUGCCUUCACCAUCACUCAAGAAGUGUUUUGCGUAUUGCUCGAUUUUCCCCAAAGGUCAAGAAAUCAACAAGGAAGAGCUGAUUGAACUAUGGAUGGCAGAAGGGUUUCUUCAACCAAGCCAAAAAGAAGGUAUGGAGUCUGUGGGCAGUAUGUUUAUAAAUGAGCUGCUACAGACAUCUUUGUUGCAAGUUGCAUACAUGGAUGAGUAUGGAAAUGUGGCAGGUUGCGCGAUGCACGAUCUCGUGCAUGAUCUUGCUUCUUCUGUUUUAUCUAAUAAUACAGAUAUCAACACCCCAGUUCGAUACAUGUUUAUCGAAAAAGAAUCAAUCCAUAUUCCGGAACAAGAGGCCAAGCAUUUACGAACAUUACUCUUGGAAGGUGAAACUUCUGGUACACUGUUCUCAAACUUCAAAUGUCUGCGCAAUCUAACUCUCGCUGGUGAAAGCUAUGAAGAGUUGGCCGAUUCAAUUAGGGACUUGGUACAUUUGAGAAAUCUUAAUAUAUCAAGUACAAACAUUAAUAGCUUGCCGGAGUGGAUUGGUGAACUCCAUCACUUGCAAAUAUUGAGAGCAGAAUUAGGGGAAUUAGAGAAACUGCCAAGUACAUUGAAGUACUUGAUUAACUUAAGACAUCUUUAUAUAUGGGAGUGUACAAAGUUACCGGCGGAGAUUGGGAAGUUAACUAGUCUACAAACACUACCACACUUUGAAGUGGGCAUAGAGAAGGGCUACCAAAUUGAAGAGCUUGGAAGUUUGAAAAAUCUCAAAGGAUCACUAAAGAUUCAACAUCUUGAAAGGGUGUAUGACAAGGAAGAUGCUAUGAAAGCAAAUAUGUAUCAGAAGUCAAACUUGUCUAAAUUGGUGUUAGAAUGGAAUGAGGAUAGUGACACUGACAGAAAUGAUGAGAGUGUGUUGGAAGGCCUUCAACCGCAUGCAAAUCUGAAGAUAUUGAAGAUUAUAGGAUUCAAAGGAAAAACAUUUCCAACAUGA